AUGAAAAUCCCAAUUUCGACAAUAAUAUCAUUCCUUCUUGUUCUUGGAUUUAUAAUUGCAGCGAUUGUCUCGAUAGUACAUUUUCGUGAAAAGGAUUGGUUAAAAUUUAACAUUGUGGCUUUUGGUGAUUCUUUAACAGAUAAUGGAAAUCAAUGGAGGGCUACUGAUGGUGCAAUGCCACCUGUUAAUUUGUGGUCAAAUGGUCUAAUAUGGGUAGAUCUCGUGGAAUCUAUAUUAGAUGCGAAAUUGAUUGAUAAAGCUUUUGGUGGUGCAACAACAAAUAAGUCGUUGAUCUCGCAGUGUUUCUUUAAUAAUACUAAUGUGCCUUCUGUACAAGAACAAGUUGAAAACAUAUUGCCAAACGUAUCUUACUUUCCUCCCCAAACUACAUUUGCUAUCUGGACUGGUUUCUGUGACUAUAAGAUGAUAUUUGAAAGGAAUCUUACUAUCACAUCUGAAGACAUAAUAUCAUCGAUUCAUAACUCCAUCAUUCUUCUUACAUCAACAGGAGCUCGUAAAUUUUUACUUUUAAACAUGCCACCAAUUAACCGAGCACCCCUAUAUACAAAUUACACCAAUAUUACAAUCCUACAACAUCUUAUCGAAACUCAUAACAUUCUAUUAAAUCAAACAAUUAUUGAUAUGAGAAAAGAGAGGCGAAUUCAGGCAGGCGUUUUUGAUGUUUGGGGAUUAAUCGAAUAUUUUAUACAAAAUCCACAACAAUAUGGAUUUUCAAAUGUUGUGGAUUCUUGUAUACAACAUAAUUCAAAUAAUACAUGUCAAAAACCUGAUGAAUAUUUGUGGUGGGAUGCUAUUCACCCUACAACCAAAGCGCAUAGUUUGUUGGCAGCAGAAAUUACUGCUUAUCUGAAAUCGCCCAAUGGAUCUUGCCUAUACUUAACAAAUUGUGGUUAUAACAGUUGA